AUGAGAUCCAUUUUAUUCGUGUUGUUGGCCACAGGGGCAUUUGCGGGUACGUGAUUUUAUCGCUUUCAUUUUACUUCAAGAAGGUUUUAUUCUUUGACAAUCAGAUCAGGAUUUUGUACUCAAAAUACCGAGCUGUAUCAAUUUUGCAUCUUUCUUGAUUGCAGCAUUUGCCUGCGUGUGCACUAUUUCGACAUGAUUUGGAAAUUUUUUCGCUCGGUCGAUUUCGCUCCUUCUGUAUUCUUAGUUGCUGUUGCCCCUUAAAUCACUGAGACGUAGAUCGAUUUGGAAACAAUAUGCUGUCAAAUUGUCAAAAUUUGCCCUUGUGCUGAGGGAAGUUCGGGUAAAAUUUGCCCGAGCAAGCUAAGAACACGAAAUCCAUGGAUACCUCGGGGGCACAUCGGUUCUUUAUCGUGUCGCUCUGGUUCUGUCCCGAAAGAACUUAAGAGAAAAGAUCUAUGUUAAAUGCUGGAGGGACACAGAAAAAUUAUUGGCGAUUGUUCUUUUUAUCUUUGGUUGAUCUUGUUUCAGGGUUCUCCUGAAUCGUUUAUUGUUCCUUAUGUUUUCUAUUAUGUCACAGCAUCUCUGUUCCUCAGGGAGCUCGAUGCCUUGAUUAACGUGUUACUUCUGUACAUUUCUUACAGCGCCCAGGUCUCUUCAUAGAGAUAGGCCGCCGGAAUGCGACAAAAGUAAGUAAUGAUUAAAUUUUCUGCGUUAAAGUUAUCUUUGUCUCGAAUUAAAUUUAAGCGAAGUUAUCGAGCCUCGAGAAGUGAACGUGUUCGAAAAUGGCAGAUUGCCACGGUAUUCUGAUCAGUGGGAUUUUGCCUUUUGAGAUCACAAGGUCCUGUCAUGUAACUUUACAAUCAUUUUAACGUAUUUUUUUGUCAAUCUUGCGUUUUCCCCUUGCAUAAUUCUGAGUCAUGGGACUCUCGCGGUAGAAAAAAAAAAUUCCGGAAAUGACAUCGAAUCUCCGACGGACUUGUUGACAAUCAAUUCCACAGAAUGCAUGGGGUUUGAUUGGCUUGCAGCACGCUGGAAGCACGCGUGGGACAGUGGCAAAUGUCACGGGGCACGUGUGUUGUGUUACAUGUUUUGCUCUCUUUCCAGAUUGAUUGACCUUUCUUUCUGCUUCUCUUUUACAAAGGGUCGAACAGAUUUCACCAUUUAAAGGAAUUUCCUUACAACUAUGAAGGAGAAACAAUAAGUAGUGUUACAGGCGCGUCCUCUGCCCGCUCAGGGUUGAAAAUCCGCGCACGAUGUGUCGUCAAGUCUGUUGCACCAUGUCAGCAUGUCUUGAAGGUAAGUUAUUUUAUAGACCCUCGAAACUCGAUGCUUGGUGAUUGAUAGGGGUAUAUUUGCUCUUCAAUCACGAGGUUGUUUUUGUUUCGGAAGAUAGCUCUUUAUGAAAACUAGUCGACCUUGAUAAGACCACCAUAAUCGAAGAAAGCAAUCUUUGUAGUCAAUCGUCAGUUUAAGAAUAAUUUGCAAAGUGAUUUUGGUUUCGUGUGAAAUGCUGCUUUCCUUGGUUAUUGGAUAUAAAUUUUAUCCAAUCCUAUAGUAGCCCCUCUUUCCGGUCUCAUCUCGCCUUCUAAUCCACUGUUAGACUCAUUCCUUUUGUCUAAUGAGGUUCUCAGUUCUCAUAACUUCGUCAAAGUUUUGACCUAUGCUGACGAAAACUCGCUUUCUUUGAUGAUAUAAAAUGUUAACUAGCCGCAGCGCUUUCCCAAACAUUUCGUGUUAUCCUACGUACUCAGUUAUUCCUGGGGUAAAUCUUUCGGACUUUACAAGAUACAAAGAGACGUAGCGAAGGGAAUCUGCGUGUUUUCAUAAGACGUGAUGUUGCUAAUCAGCUUAUUGGUCUACAAAAUGAAUACUUUCUUGAAGAUUAGGUAUGAAAACGACUAUCCUUUUUUCCCUCGACUCUUGCUUCGCACAAUUUAUUUUGCCUCUUGUAGUGCGUCAAGCUUCCCCGCCCCCAUCCCACCCUACAAGGAUGAAAAUUGAAUAUUGAUUCUGUCGUUUCAAUGUACAAAUUUUGGCAUCCCUUCUCUUAAAGCAUUUUUCUUUCUUUAUUACGUAACGUUUCAAGUUAUUUAGUGUUACUGAUACAUUGUCUGAAUGGUUAAUUUACCUCAACCUGGCGGUACGCAGAAGCCUAGUGGAUAAUCUAUGGAUUUUAAUUCUUCGGAGCUAUUGUUUUACAAAACAUGCCAUCAUUUAAUGAAGAGAAUUGGCGAUGGCUAAAUUUUUUUUCGAUUGCUAGUGUGUGUCCACGGCCAGUCUAAAAUAGGGUAGUAAUAUUGGUAAAAGUUAUUUGCUUGUAAUAGAAGACGAAAAUUGAGACAGUUUAUCUAUGAUGAGGUCAGAGGUGCAGGAAUCAUGUUAAUGAAAACCGGGCUAACCGGUCCAAAGUCGAGUUUCACAAGAUUAUUUUUAGCUGGUUUUGAAAGACUGCGCGUGAGAAAGCGCGCGAGAGAAUUGAGAACCUACUAGAACCUUACUUUUUAUGUCGCAUUAACUUGUCUACGAAUUGAAUAUUUCGAUCUGGAAAUACCCUAGAGGAUUUCUGUAGCCAUUAGAUAGACUCGAGUGUUUUUAUCUUAUUCACCGUUAACCUUCUGACUGAAAAUGCAUCGAGUACUAAAAUUCCCCGUAUCGGAAACGUGCAGCAUUAUGUGAUGAAAAGAUGAGGUUGACAGGAAUCGAUUUUCAACAUUCACUGAUCAUACAAUUGCAGAAAACUUAUGCUUAGCUUAGCGAAAAUUAAAAUACUUUUGUUUUCAUCAGUAAGAGCGAAUGUAACUGUGGGAAAAACGCAACAAAUGGAAGUCUAGGGGAUUCAUUACGCAGCUAACUGCUUGCCGAGUCAGAUUACAUCCGGCGUUUUGAAAAAAAAGAUAAUUAUAAUGCUAAUUUGUCUCUGAUUUCUUCAAGGUUCAAUGUUCAGUUGGUGGUGAUAUCCAAUUUUAAGUCAUAUCCUGUAUGCAAUCGGACCUUCCACAAACAUAUCGCUUCCCGUAAGAAUUUUGACCUUGGAAAGCGCCUAGGCAAAGAAAUGUAGAUUCCACUAAACCGCAGCACGAAACUUGUUGCUGAAAGACUAAACAAAAACUGUGUAAUCCAUAUUCUUAAGUAGCCAAUGACCACCUCGAAGGUUUUCAAGUCUUGAAAUAGUUCAUUACAAGCAAAGCGGAAAUCUCACAAAAGUUGGCGAGCAAUAUGUUAAAAAAACAUUCCUCACACUUGAGACCCGAGUAGUCAUGUGCUUCUUUUGUUGGUUUAGAAUGAGGUUUUUCAUUUCCUUCUCAAACUGUGACCAAUCAAUUGCCCGAUGAAACAGCUGUAUAUCAGUGUACCGUCACCUCCCACUCAACGACGCUGAAACGCAAGAAAAUUGGGAAAAAACCUUUUUAAGAGUGCACUUUGUACCCCCAAAAUUCCCUCAUAUUUAACAUCUUGCGUGUCAGACCGCCUCUUCGACGAAUACCUCACGUUUUCCUUUGGUGAUUAAUUGUCAUAACAUUGUAAUUUGUGGACUUGACUCAUAUUAUCAGACGCUUUCUUCGCGCGUUGAAAAUAGCAAAAAAAAAUAUUCUUUGGCAACAUGCUGGAGCAUCCAGAAAAAAUUUUUUUCUAAGGUGGGUGGGACGGGGGCGGGGGCGUUGGUUUUGGAAAAAAUCCAAAUUCAAGGACUAAUGUAUUCCAGGUUUAGUUUGCUUACGACAACUUAUCUCUUAUUUUUAACAAAAUACAGGGAUCUAAAGUUGAAAUCCACUUUGCCCACUUAUUACAGCCAAAAAAAACAAGGUUCUGCUUGAGGUUAAAAUCUUGUCAAACCUGUUUAUUUUCCAGAUCGACACAGUUGAGCUCUGGGAAGCCCAGAGCAAGAACCCAGGUCCCUUGGAUUAUCAGAUAUCCCAGGGAUCAACAGCUUUUGCUGAAGAGCUUCAAGCUCAAGACCUUGUUUUCAGAAUGGAUGCGGGACGCAUCACAGGGAUCCUCGCCCAUCCAGAGGAGCCCUCUCACGUCUUGAACAUCAAGAGAGGUAUCCUCAGUGCAUUUCAGGUGCAGUUUGUUGACGACCAUGCCACCUUAGAGGAGGUAAGAUCUUCAUUAUGCUAAUUCUUACAAACAAGUCGCGCUGGUAUCGAAUCUGACUAAAUCUACUUUUCCGCGUUUCUCCCAAAUAUUUGAAAAGUUAAACUUUCAACGGUGAAUUAUAUCAGUUUUAAUGGGGUGUAAGCUUUUACACGAAACUGCACACCAUUAAAGAAAUAAAUCCUAAGUUGAGUCCUUGCACCACCAAAAUCUCAUUAGUUAUUCUCCUUACUGUCUGCCAUACAAUUGUUAUGAUUUUUAUUCGGAGAAUUUGGUUUUGGAUCAAAUAUUGAUCGCUUGAAUUACAUUCUUCCUAAUUCUCAUCACUUGCCUGCUUGAUAUUGUAUUCAUGUGGUGAGGAGAAAUUCUAUUUUGAUCACUCACGAGAGUUGAAUAGAUAGAUUAUUGGUGCAUUUGUAGAGGAUGAUCCUACCACAUCUUUAUUAUCAAAUUUUUUUACUAUCUUUGUAUGUGUUUGGCUGAUUAUUUAUCCUUUGGUUGCUCCUCUUGUACUUUCGUUGAAUCGAUAAUGUUGUUUGAAAAUAUCGACUUCCCGAAUGAAAGUUUCUCAGUUGGCCUAAAAGCUUAGAGGACGUCAUGGCGCAUCUUGUGAAAGGGGCCCUGUUGUCUUUGAGAGAUAUUGUCCCCAAGGCUUCCCUUCUGAUUAAACUGUAUGUAUAAGGGAGAUUAACCUUUUCAGUUCUUUGUCUUGUAUUUUAGGACGAUGUCGUUGGUAAGUGCAAGGUGCGCUACGAGAUUAAAUCUCGGCAUCUGAGCAGACGCCCGAAAGUCGUGUACAAGACGCGCAAUCUUACUGAGUGCACAGAUCGUGCACAGACCGACAUCGGCAUUCACGUCCAUUCUUACGAAGAAAAGGUAAACAGAGAGGUUCUUCUGUCAUUGAUUUCAAGAGGUCAAGUAGAAUUUAAGGCACUUAGAGACAAGCGCAAUCUCGAAAGUCAGAAGGGAUUGUUAAGUUCAAAUUCAGAUCAUGAUUAAAGGAGGGACAAUUUUACGUUACAAUAAAUAUAAUCAUAGUUAGAGUAAAGUCACGAUCGUUUCUCAGUUACGUGAGCAUCUUGGCAAAAUGACGAUGAAAGUGUGAUAUGGAUUGCAUAACAACCGAAGGAAUACCGUCCGACGUAGAGUGUCUCUUACCGUUAUAGUCACGCAAUAUUUAAGGAAACUUAGAGACGCUUAUGGUUUAGCCAUGUAUUAAAUACCCUUUCUGUGACCUAGCAUAACCAUCUCCUUUGUUUUCAGCCCAUCAGCUUACUGCAUUCAAACAGUACAUGCAAGCUGUACCUGACCGCUAAAAAACGCACCCAGAGGGUAGUGUGCGAAGAGGAACAUCUUUUCCGUCCAUUCUCUGGUGGUUACAAAAACGCUUCUGGAGCAAUUACCAGAACAAGGUAGGAGAUAUUUUUUGUGAUACGAAAAUACUUAAGGUACAAUGGACUCGUUUUGUUUUGUCUGAGAUGUAAAGCUAUUCCCAAUUUGUGCAUGUACUUCAAAAUGUACGAUCGACAAGAAUAGUCAAUUUUUUUUUUCUUCUGAUUACUUGUAAAAAAUCCUCCUUCUCUAAAAUAAAUAAAAAGAAUUUUCGAGAGCUGAUAUAUUUUCUUUCCCUUAUAGACAGGUUUUGGAAUUGCAGUCUAUCCUUCCUGCAUCUGAAGCUAACGUACCUCUCGGUAGGUGGUUUAUUUUGAUUUUUGUACUUUCUGUUUUCCAGCUCUGUAAUUAGUAUGCAAUACUAAGUUCAUGCACGGAUUUUACGUUAGAAGUUGGUAAACAUGAAGUAGAUGUGAUAGACAGAUGCAUGAAAUCGUGAUUGUUGCGAUGAAGUUUUCCUUUUUCCUUUAUUCAAAGCCAUUAUUAGACGAGCAGACUUCGUUUAAAUGGCAACACACAUGGUGAAGAAUCAAAUACUUAAAAAAUUGCAACUUCAAGAGUGGCGUUCCAAAGAGAAAACAAAUGCUAAUUGUAACAGUCUCCUCUAUCUUAAACUCUCAAUCACAUUUACAAAACAUAAAUGUGAAAGGUUUAUCUUGUGCCUUAAAAUUGGACGUCAGGUUUUGCCUUCUAAACAAAAUUGAUUUCAUUACAUUUUAGAGGGACUUCGCCUUGUGUCACUGAAGUAUGCGCAUGCUCAGCCACAGUCUAACCAAGAAGCUAUUACUGAUGCUUUUUACUUGGCAAGCCGCCUUAGCAAGGAGUCAAAACACUCCACAAAACCUGAGUCGGCCCAGCACUUCUCUAGCCUUGUUUUCAGCAUCCGCAAGCUUAGCACGCCAGCCAUGGAAACUUUGUGGCAGAAAAUCCACAACGAGGAAGAUCCUAAAAUGCAGUAAGUGUAUUUGCUUCUUCGCUACGGGGAGAUACGGUCCAUUGGCUUGAUCUUGAAGUUUCGGCAGCAUCGUUAGAUAAAGAAAUAUCACAUGGAAAUGCUUUUCAGUAAAUUGUAGUUGAGCGAUCACACAACUCCAAGCUUAUUCAUAGAGGCUUUUGUAGCCGUUAUCAAAUCUCAAUAAAUUUUUAAUUGAAUAUUCUCCAUAUUCAGAGGACUUGACUUGCAGGCUUAAGUUUUCUUUUGUAAUGUGACAAACUACAGCAUGAUCACUUUCAGCUUGAUGCGAGAUUACAAGACAGUGGCUUUUUCAUUUUUGUCAGUCGAAGCUUCAGUUACUGAGACAAAAACAUGACGAUUUUAUUUACUGACGUGACCUUUUUUUUUCUUUCAGCGAAUACUUCUACGAUGCUCUGCCUCACUGUGGUACAGGAGGAUGCGCAAAGGUCAUGAGUAAUGCCAUCAGGAACAAGCUGGUCAACCAUGAGCGUGGUAACAUGUUUCUGGCGGGAUUGGCUAUGGCAGCAAAUCCCACAAAGGAAACAAUUGAGCACGUGCUAGAGCUGUGUGAGGAGAACCCUGGAAGAACCGCCAUGUUGACUCUUGGAACGCUCAUUCACAAAGUUUGCGAGAGCAAGCCGCAGGAUUGUAAUGAUCAGGUAAAGGUUGUGAUACUGUACCAGUCUGGUAAAAGCUUUAACCCUUUAAUUCCCAGAUAUAAUAAUCAAUUCUCCCCUCCAGCCACUAAAUAUUUCCUUUUAAACCAAUUGCGAGAAUUUGGUGUUAGACCAAGACAACAACUUCUAUUUGAUAUGUUCGAGUAUUCUCACUACCUGUUGGCUGGAUAACGUAAGGAUAUCUCAGGGAGAAGUUAGAUGUUUAUCACUUCUGGGAGUUAAAGGGUUAGAAGAUUUAUACGCAAAUUCUCCGAGCAAUUUCAAUAAGUUAUCAUGUAAACAGUUUAUGAUGACAGACCAGCUUAUCAGCUAAGGGGCGUUAUUUUGGAAUAAGACCAUCUUCUCCUGUUUAAUUUAGCAGUAAGUUGGGAGAAUUAUUAAGUGGAUCAUGGGGAUUAAAGGGUUUCAGUUGAGUUUUAAAGCAUCCCUCAAAAUGUGCACUCUUAGAUUAACGUAUGCGCAAUACUUAUAUUAAGUUGGUUUCUUUUUUUAGCUUUGGUUGUCCUUAUGUUUGCUUUAUACAUCUAAACUUUACUGAGACUUAAAUGUUAUUGAAACAUUUUACUUGAAAGCGCGUAUUCAGUUACAUUUAUUAUUAUUAUGAUUAUGAUGAUGAUUACAACUAUUACGAUUAUUAUUAUUAUUAUUAUUAUUACUAUCGAAAAGCUUUGAUGAAAGAGUUCUGACAUAAUCAAUUUUAAUUUUCCUUAUAGGAUCGAGAAAACCCCAUCACAAAGGCUGAAAACUUCUUCCUGUCCCGUCUGGGUCAAGAAUGCAAGGGCAAAACACCCGAAGAUUUUGAAAACUUUAUCAUUACCCUGAAAGCUAUAGGAAACGCCGGUCGACCUUUAAACGCUGAAAAUGUCUUGCUCAAAUGUGCCUGGAACUUAGAAGCACCCGUGAACAUGAGCAUCGCAGCUCUUGAGGCCCUGCGUCGCUUGCCUUGUAGUAAGCAGAUGACAGACCAGGUCUUGCAGAUCUAUGAAGAGUUUAACGUGGAUGUCGAGAUCCGUAUCGCAGCGUAUCUUGCCCUCACGAAGUGCCCAAGUCCAGAGGUGUUCAGGAGCAUCGCCGAAAUCCUAAAGCGUGAAGUGAACAAUCAAGUUGGUUCUUUUGUUUGGUCCCACAUGACUAACGCCAUGGAUUCCACUGAGCCAGUUCAUGGUCUCCCUCAAGCUGAAAUAAUGAAAGACGCCCUCAAUGGAAUGAGGCUUCGAGAGUUCAACUUGAAUAGGCUAAGGUUUUCACGUGCCUGGGAAGGUUCAUUUUACAGCGGUAAGAUCAUUUUGCAUGUGUGAAGAAGACAGAAUUUCUCUCUAGAAAAUCAAGCAGACAAUUGACGAAAGUAAAGAUAGAUAUCAAUCGGAUAAAUCCUUAACACCCCAAUAUUGGUAUGCGUGUUCUCCAUAUUCUUUAUACAUUUUCUAUGGAGCUUGCAAGGAGAAUUUGUAUAACAAUCGAGAGCUUCUUGAGUUUCUGAUCAUGUCCCUUAUUCUCAUGAAGUUAAUGUUUGAUUUAGGGGUGAUACUGUGAGGAGAAAUUAGAUGCUUAUCACUCUUAGGAGUUAAAGGUUUAAUAGAAGUUGUUCCAAUGCCAAAUACUCCAAACUAACACGUUCUCAGGCGUUACAGCUGUAUAAAGAUGAAGGUUCUCAAAACUUUGCUAACUAAACAUAAUUUCAAGUCUCUUGUGGUUAUAUUUAACAGAUGUCCUGAGGUUCGGUGGAUCGGCUCAGAGCCACCUUAUUUACCACCCUACCAGUUUCUUUCCACGCAGCGCCAUGGUGAACGUCACCGUCGACGUCCUCGGUGCAUCCAUCAAUGUCCUGGAGGCAGGUGCACGUUUCGAAGGGUUUGAGAUUCUUAUCGAGCAGUUUUUCGGAGAAGACGGCUAUUUCCCUGAUGACCGCAUUAUGCAGAUGUUCAACCUGAAGCCCCACGAGGAGAGGGAUAAGAAAGAGAGAACUGUUAAGACUUCGAAACUCAAACGAAAGAGGAGCUUGGACGAGGACUUAAACAAGGUGGAACAUAACUUAAACAAAUUGCACCGUAUGGUAAGUUCGUGUUUUUUGUUAUCAUUGUAUGAGAAGUAAUGUGGUUUCCACUGUUACGACUGUGAAUACGGCCACAGUUCUGGUUUUUUUUUUUUUGGUUAAAGAUUGAUUGUAAAAUUUUGAUGGAAAAUAAUGUUUAUAAUGUUUUCAUCGGAAGAAAAGUGAAAAGGAGAAAAAAAGCUCGAGGAACUAAGCACAUUGUGGUCAUGCAGGGUGCAUAUUAAUGUUGAGAUUAUAAUGCUGGCCUGUCAGUUUUCACCUUCUAAGGACGUGUAGAAUCGUAAUAAACACAUUCAACAAAAUGUGAUAUGAGAUGAUAGCUUAGAGAUUGACUACAUCUUAACCCUUUUCACCCUAACAUCAGUAUGCUUAUUCUCCAUAUGGUUCUUUAUACAUUUCCUAAAGUGUCGACAAAGAGAAUUUGUUUACCGAUCAACAGCUUCUUUCGUUGGUGAUCAUUUCCUUAAUUCUCAUGACCCUAAUGUGAGAAUCAAGGGUGAUAUUGUAGGGAGAAUUUAGAUGCUAGUCACUCUGAGGGUUUAAAGGCUUAAGUCCAUAUACCCAGUUCAUAUUUCUUUUUUUUUUUUUCAGUUUUCUUUUUUUCUAUGACUGCGUUGUAGUGCAAAUAAAAUUGUGCCAAUAACAUCGACCACUUUUCGUAAUGUUUCGUCACCCAUCAUCUUGUCUAAAGCCUGAUCAAACUUUGGAUUUUUCAUCUCAACUGACUCAUAUUUCGUUACGUGUUUGUAGAUGGAUAACCGUAAGCAUCAUCCUUCUGGGGCUGUUUCUGUGAAGAUGUUUGGUAACGAAUUGAGACUUCUCAGCUUUGACGACAUCAGCUGGUUAAAUGACGAAGUAGACAAGAUCAACGUGAUCGACAUAUUAAUUGCUUUAGCCAAGGGUGGCAAAAAGAGCUUCAGUAAAAGCAUGAUGUUCUUGGACGCUGAGACUACAGUCCCUACCAUCCUCGGUCUGCCGCUUAAAAUGAGUGCCAAGGGAACCACGGUGGCCUCUGUAGAACUCGCCGGAAAGUUUGACAUCAGGAACAUGUUCUGGGGAAAGAUGCGGUUUGAUAUACGUGGCCAUGUCAAACCCAGGUAAAAUUAUUUAGGACAGAGUUUAAUGUUUCUGUUAUGACGAUUGGAGUUUAAAAGUAGAUGUGUUAAUUUUUGAUAACCGAAAGCGUUUUGGUGCACAGAAGCUAAACUUAGGAUCGGCCUGGUAAACAGCCAAAGAGUUGACCUUAGUUUAUUGUAUUUACUUAUAGAUAUAUACAUUAAUAUAUAUAUUUAUAUAUACAUACAUACUAUAUAUAUAUAUAUAUAUAUAUAUAUAUAUAUAUAUAACUGCAGACUGUACUGGUUCAGCCUUCUGGGCCUCACCAGUGCAGUGCUGAUGCCAGGAAGGAGGUGUCAGCACUAAGCUACCCCGAAUGAUGCCACAGUUGUGGUAUCAUCUAAGCUAUAUUUAUAUAUUUUUCGGAUUUUCUCCCAUGUUGUCAUGGUUAACAACGAAGGGAAGCAUAAGAAUGAGGGGAAAUAAAAGGGAAUUGCUCAUCCGACCUGGGAGUAGAAGCCACUCUACCUCAGCCUUACGGUAGUACUGCCAUUAUGCAGUCUUCUUUCCUUAAGCGUGUCUCACUUGUCGAUGGCGUUUUUAUUUUUCAGUGCUAUUGUGGACGUGAGUGGUCGUAUGGGAGUGAGUGCAGUGUAUGCUGAAGCUGGCGUUCUUGUCAAUUCCUCUUUGUACACGGUUACACAUCUCAAGGGAAAUGCAUCCUAUGCUCAAGGAGAAAUCUUGAAGUUUGAAUUGGGUGUCCCAGAGGAGCCUGUUCAGUUUGUCAACGUAUCGUAAGUAAAGCCUAUUAUUAUUAAUAUUAUUAAGAAUAUUAUCAAAACUAUAAUAUUCUUUUCGUUAUUUCACUUUUUCGAAACGAUAACUAGGUUAAGUGAGAUUGUGGCUAAACAGAUCGUGGAAACUUUAUUAAUUCUAAUAACAAACUUUCAAGUGCUUCUCCGUUUUAUGAUGUGGUCAUCGUGGUAGGAAACGCAAUCUUACUUGGUGACGAUUGUGGUGCUAUAUGUUAAGUAUUUCUUAAUUUUCUUGUAGGUCAUCGCUUUUCGUUACUCUCAACAACGAGAAACUAGCUAUUGAUGGAACACCGAGGAGGAUUGAGGUGAGCACUUAAGGACAGGGCUAAUGCAUCUUAACCUAUAUUUGAGACGAUGCAGACAUGCCUUGAAUCAAAGCGGAAUUAUAGCCGUUAGGAUGAAACUGUCUCAUGAGAUGGGAUAGGAACAAGCUGUUUGAUCAAGAAUUAAAGCUCAAUCCAGCACACUUAAAGAAUUAUUUAUUGUGGUUGGAGUUCAGGAAAAAAUUUCGCCCUAAACAAUUCGAAAUAGCAAAUUUCUGAAAUCAUUCAGAUGCACUAAAAAAAGGUUUUUUAUUCUUCCCUUUUACUGUUUCAUUACAUGAUUAAAAUCUAGUUUUGUGUUUCCAACAGCCUGCACCUUGCCUGAAUUUGACACGUGUACUCGGACUUACAUUCUGCAGUCAGCUGUCUGUGCCCUUGGCUUACCGUGACUACGAGUCACCGUACUUCCCAUUUUCUGGCCCAUCCUCCUUCAGUAUUUCAAUGACACGCACAGACCCUAAGCUCACUAAAUAUCAGUUGAUAGCAGAACGCUUGCAAACUGAAGACGAUAACAAGUAUGAUGUGAUGGCGGUAAUGUCCACACCUGGAGCAACGUGGGAGCGAAACCUGGAGGCAAACGGAACUCUGUGGAUUAAGAAGGAUGGCAAACUUCUCAGUGUGACUACUGCUGCUCUUGGCUUAAAUUUUGGCAAGUUUGAGGCAACUUACAACAACAUCACUCACGCAGUGAAUCUCACAUAUUCUGGAAAAGACGCUGUUUUCGGACACCCAAUCGUUGUUAAUGGUCACUUUUUCAACAACUCGGAGGCGGAUAGCCUUUAUCGAGAUAUGGGUUUCCAGUUGUCCGCUUCAUAUAGAAAUUACACCAUUAAACAGCUGACGAAGCUCUACAACAAUUCUAAUGCGUAUGGAUAUGUUAGCAACUUGACGUACUGGCCAGGCAAGUACCUGUUUUCCACUGGAGAACUAAACGUCCCAAAGAAGAGCAUUAGUUUCCUAGCAAAUCAUACUUGCACCCAAACGAAGAUCCGCUUCAAUGGAAAACUUGGUGAGGAAGAAGAUGAUUUUGUUUUAAGUUUCAGCAACAAGCCAACACAGGCAGGAAUCGAGCUUACAGGAAGAUAUCUCAAGGUUCAGAAUGAAGGGGUCCUUCGCCUGUUUGCCCGCCCAUGGCAGCAGUCCUUUACUCUACGUGGAUCAUAUGUCAAGGCGGGACAAGAGAAAGGUAUUCAAUUCACAGGAACGCAUGAAAACAAAAAUCGUGUCAUCAGCUGGUACACAGGUAUUGUAAACUCGACUAAUGAGAAGUCCAUGAAAAUAAAUGGCACCGUGCUUGGAAGUAAAGCAGAAGCUAUCUGGUCGUAUCUGAAUCUGACACAAAAUAAAGGAGUGAAGUUUCAGGGAGUCCUCCUGAACCAGUCCGUCGACGCCGUCUGGUCUUACGUCAACGCUGGGCAAGAACAAGGGCUGCGAUUUAAUGCAACUGGCCUAAACAAGACCCUUGAGGCAGCCUUAACGUACCUCAAUGUCACAAAUGAUCAGAGCUUGAAGUUUAAUGCAACAGCCCUUAACAAGACCAUCGAGGCGGUGUGGUCAUACGUGAACCUCACUACAGAGAAAGGAAUGCGAUUAAACGUCUCGGCAUUGAAUCAUAACAUCCAAAGUGUUCUAACCUUCCAUAAUUUAACACAAGAAAAGAGCAUCAAGUUCAAUGCGACAGCUCUGAAUCAGACUCUGGAGGCUGUGUGGUCAUACGUAAAUGCAGGGAAAGAGAAAGGAUUACGAAUGAAUGUCACCGCCUUGAACAAGACCGCCGAGAUCAUCUGGUCAUACUUCCAUUUCGGCGACAAAAAAGGAGUACGUUUCAAUGCUUCCGCCCUGAACAGAACAGCGCAGGCAAGCUGGACUGUCAUCAACCGCCACACAGCGAGGAGUUUAGAGUUCCAAGCCUCCGCUUUAAAUAAAACUGUCAAUGCCACAUGGACAUUGGUUAGUUUGAGAAAUGAGAAGACUUUGAAGUUCAAUGCUAGUGUUGGAAACAACACAAUCAAUUCUUUUUUGACCUUCUUGAACUUGGAACAUCAGAAGAGCUUAAAUUUCAACGCAAGUUAUGGAAACAAGACCUUCAGCUCCACUUGGACGUUGUUGAAUCGUCCAAACGAAAAACGCUUCACAUUCAAGGCAAGUACCGGAAGGAAGAAUUACAAUGCUACCUGGGCCUUCUUAAACUUAGGAUCCAAAAAGACCCUAAGAUUCGAGUCUCACUGUGGAUACAGGAUGAUGAACUCCACCUUGACUUUUCUGAACAUGCAAAAUGAAAAGAGCGUGAAAUUCCAGGGAAUUGCUUUCAACAAGAGCAUCGCUUCUUCCUGGACCUUCGCAAACGUGGAAAACGAAAGGAGUCUGAACUUCAAAGCUAGUGCUCUCAACAAGACCAUCGAUGCCACAUGGACCUUCCAGAACCUUGCCAACGAAAAGAAAUUGAAGUUUAAAGCCAGUGCAGAAAACAAGACCAUCAACUCGUCUUGGACUUUCCUUGACUUCCCCAAUGAGAAGAAGUUGAUUUUCAACGGAAGCGUCCUGAACAAAACGAUGAACGCCACAUGGACCUUGCUGAGUACGGACAGACAGAGGAACCUGAAAUUGGAAGCCAAUUUUGCCAAUAAGAACAUAAAAGCCACGUGGACGCUUGUCAAUUUAAGAACUGAGAAGAGUUUGUUGUUCUCAGGUAGUGCUCUCAACAAAACUGCCGAGGCCUCAUGGACUAUCUUCAACUUUACAAGUGAAAAGGGAUUGAAGUUUAAAGCAAACUGCCUAAACAAGACUCUCGAAACAACCUUAUCAUAUUUGAAUUUCGUCAGAGAGAAGAGUUUGAAGCUCAACGUAUCUGCCAUGAACAAGACGAUUGAGACAGCAUGGACCUUCGUUAACUUCACCAAUGAGAAGCUCAUAAAAUUCAAUGCCACUGGAUUCAACAGAACUGCUGAGACUAUCUUUGGUUACGGUAUCGAUGGAAAUCAAAGAUCCAUCAAGUUUAACGCAUCCGCCAUGAACAAAACUAUUGAAGUUGCCACGAGUUUUGUGAAGAGUGGGGAGGAACGUGCUAUCAAAUUUCAUGCCUGCACCUCAAACAAAACUGUAAAGGCCGUUUGGAGCUACCUUCGGGGUGAAUAUGUACAUUCCAUUAAAUUCAAUGCUUCUGCUAUGAACAAAACUGUGGAGGCCACCUGGAGUUACAUGAGGAGCGAUGACGAGAGAGCGAUCAAAUUUCAUGCGGCCGCCUCCAACAGAACUGUUGAAGCCAUCUGGAGUCUCAAAAACAGCGAUCACCAAGAUUCCUUCAGGUUCAAUGCUUCAGCAAUGAAUAGAACCGUAGACAUUGUCUGGAGUUAUUAUAGAGCUGAAAAAGAAAGAGCCAUCAAGUUCCAUGCCUCGACCUUGAACAAUACUGUUGAAGCAGUUUGGAGUUACUUGCAGAGUGAGAAUGAGCGAUCCAUCAAGUUCAAUGCGUCAGCUGUAAACCAAAGCAUGCAGGCUAUCUGGACACUGUUAAAUUCUGAGACUGAAAAAGGACUCAAGUUUAACCUCGCAGUCAAGAACAAGACCAUGAAUACUACUUUAGUGUACUUCCGUAAUCCAUCCAACUUGGGAGUACUUCUAAACGUGAGCUCCUGCAACAAAUCUGUCAGCCUGUUGAGCAAAGUCUUGUUACAGGGGGCAAACAAAAAAGUCGUCCUACAAGCUGCCUAUCAAAACUACAGUGUUGCUCUCGUCGGGUUCUUCAAGAACAUGAGUUCUCAGAAAACUGCAUGCAUCUAUCCUGAAUACCUUGGUCGGUCGCAUGGGAAAAUCUGCGCUGUUUUUUCAAACAGCUCGGUAGAGACCAGUAUGUCUCUCAACUUGACGAUCCUUAACAGAACCGGUGAACUGAAGACGCAGUGGUAUAAGAACCCCACAGAAUAUGCUAACCGCCUAACUGCCAAGUUCCACAACACAGUUUUCUUUGAAUCCUGGAUGAGCUACAUAAACUCCACUGAGCUGAGAAGCAUUCAUUUUAACACAACAGUCUUGAACAGAUCCGCCGAUACUACUUUUUACUUCCGUAACCGCACUGUAAAAGCAAUUGGAUUCAACGCCACAGUUAUGAAGAAGCAAGUUGGCUUCGAGGGAGCCUGGCUGAAUGGGAAGAUCAUAAAAGAAGCAGCUGUUCACUUGUUUUGGAACAAAUCUACUGUAGCGAGGUCAUCUUUGAUUUUCUUGAAUAACACUCAACGUAAGGCGCUUCAGUAUCGUGCACACCUUGGCCGUUUCGUCGCCGAAUGGGAAGGUACAUACGUCACCCAGAAACCUGGUGUAAAAGAGUUUCUGACUUUCCGCAUGCUCCGAAAUGGAAGCCAAAGUCUUUUCGUUGAUAGCGCAAAAUUGAUCUAUACAAAGACCGAAAAGACUCACGAACUUGGAUAUCAGUACAAUCUUCGAGCGAUGGGCCUCUCCUUUGAGCAUGGCUGGGAUGCUUCUUAUUACAACUUCUCUAACGUCGAGGAUUCCUAUCACGAAGGAAGGUUCUCUGUGAUUUAUUCUAAAGGCAAGAAAGUUUCAGUGACAGGAAUUUUCAGAAACACUUCUAAAGAACUUUCUAACACUCUAGUCGUCGAGUAUCAGCCCGAAAAAACGGUGACUCAUUCUUUAGUUUGGUACAAGCAACGCAAGUCAAUAAAUCUCAGAGCUGAAUUGAUUCCAAGCAAACCUUUCACGUGGACGACUACCUGGAACAGGAAUAACGGCUUCUCCUUCAACAGCGCCUUGGAUAUUCUUGGCAAGAAAAUCGAAAAUCGAUUUGACUUCAACAAGGAGACAGGCUACUAUGAAGGCUACUUUGAAAUUUUCCCAGUUUAUCCACUGAAAGUGAGAGGAAUGUUUAUUCAGGACCACGGCCUGUAUUUCACGACGGAGAUUUCAGCCUUCAAGAGGACGUGGAAUCACAUAAUCGACUUCAACGAAGAGGAACGAAAACUGGCAAUUUCUGUCGAUGUCUUGCCCGGAACAGCAGUGGCUGCUGACGCUAGUUGGAAGAGUAUGGACGACAUAGGAAUAGCUGUCUAUUUGAAAGGCUUUGAGAAGUCACUUCGGGUGGUCUGUGAUUACGAUAAACUCACUAAGACCUUCACCUCUGGCCUAACCAUCUUCAAGCGAACACUGACCUUCACUGAAAGGCUGGACACAGAAACAAGGACCCUUUUCUUGACCUUUUCUGCCUUUAAUCGUACCGCUGGUUUUACAGGAAGGUUUGACUGGAAGAACUAUGUCGCCAGCACGUUCGUAAGCUACCAAAACAACACCGCAGGGUGGUUUAUUAAGUUUAACCCCGCCUCAAGAAGCAUUGUUUUUAACGUUACUGCCACGCCUCGUGUCUCUGGACAAGUGGUGGGAGAAAUGCAGGAAACUAAUCACCUUCAGGUCACGAUCCAACGCAAAUUUGGAGAAAAUGUAGUAAAUGAAUCACGCUUGAUGUACCUCCUGAAUUCUGAGGCCAGUCGUGUUUCGUUAACGUGGAAUACCUCUACCAUAGCGACUUUGGUCAACCAAGCCCAAGUUUUUAAGACCCUCCUCAGGAACGUGACCUUGAGGUUCUACAACCUAACUGUCCUUAUGACGAAAAACCUGACUAAGGAGGUUGAGGUGCUUGUUAAGAAGUUGGAGGCCAAGAUCAAGCCCACCGUUCUCAAGUUUUACGCUGAAUGCAAGGCUUUCAACUACAAAGGAUUGAUGGAGAACGCCACAGGCAUGGCACAGAACAUGUCACUUCGACUUCUGAACAUCACUCUUACAUCAUUGAACAAUACUAUUAACAACCUCACAAGAAUGAUCGGUAACGCCAACUUUACACACAUGAUCGGUAAUGCCUCGGAGUUUUACAAGACGAUUCACCAGAAUGCCACGGUUGCUUACAGACGUUUCCGCAGAGAGGUGCUUCCUCCCAUAGUUGGAAAUGUAACCGUCCAUCUCCAGAACAUCAGCCGGGAUUUACAAGGCUGGGCCAAAAAUCUAUCCAUCAUGGCGAGUUCGGUUAUGGUGCGUGGAGAAAGAGUCGGUGAUAUUGCCAAGCGUGUUUCCAAAAAGGUUCAAGUUAUUACCGCGCAACUCAUGGAGAGAGUACAGAUGAAAACUCGCGAACUUAUCGAGAGGCUUCGAGAAGUUGAGAUGCGUGGACGGCGGCUUGGUCCCAUGUAUGACCAGUACAUGCUUGAGAUGAAAAAGUUCACUUGCAACUUCAACGCUUCCUGUACACUUAGGAAUGUAACAAUAUUUGCUAAGAACCUGACAACAAGUGUUCGCAACAUUACCGUUUUCGAUAAGACGAUCGAGGAGCAUUUCAAGCUACUGAACAAGACUUUCCUGGAGAAUUUCGAACAGCUUAACAAGACCGUGCGAUCCAAAGUGGAGGUCCUCUACAAGAGAGCUUGUCUCGCGCAUCAAACAGCGCUGAAUUUCACGACAAAUUUGACAAAGGUUUUACCCAAGCUGAUAAGGAAUGCCACCAUUCAAGCUAUCCAUUUGGCCGAGAACUUGACAAAGGAAUUCAGAAACAUCACCAUCCAGGUUAGGAAGGUCAUUCUAACUGCCUAUUCAGAUCUACAAAAGACUCACCGCCCUCUCAUUAAGUUUGCUAAGGACGUCUCCAUUUCACUCGAAAGGAAAGCUUAUCCUAUUGUACUUAAGAUUGUCCAUCAAGUGCGGAACUUCACCUUAGAUGUAAAGAACAACGUUACGAAAUACUUGGAACCAAUUGUCAAAUCCCUUGUUCCAAAGGCAUUCGAAGUAAUGCACAAAGUGCGCAACAUCACCAUCCGAAGUGUUCCUAUUGGCCAAGUCGUGGAUAAAGCUGUUCUUGUUUCCCUGAACAUCGCAUCUGAGACACUGAAAUUAAUCAACCACACCGUUUACACGAACGUCUCCGCUCUUAUUGCCUUUAUCCGUCACAAUUCACAAAAGUCGGCUGAAGAGAUCUUGGAUUUGACUAUCGAAAAGGGCAUGGAGUUCUUCAAUCUGUCAAAGAUGAUCUUAAACGAAUCACUUAGUCUGGGACUCAACCUGAGCCGACGAGCCAUUGUGGUUUACAACAGCUCGGUAAUGAUCCUGAAUAAAACCUUGCAGAAGCUUCUGAAGAUGCGUCCUGACGAAAUUGUGAACCUCUCUAUUAAGAAAGUGCAAAUAAUUGCCCAAAAUAUCACGGCAGAAGUCUUUAGUAUUACUAAACAGUUGCGUGCUUUAGAUAUUUCUGGCAAGAUCAAAGCAGCAUGGGCCAAAAUGGACGUCAUAGCUAAAUUCGAAGCUUUGCAAAUUACAGCCAAAUGGCAUCAACUUGUGGAGCACAUUCGAGCAUUCAACAUCAAGGCGAGAGCACUUCGUGUAAGAGACUUUAUCGGAAAUGCCUCACUGAAAGUUGCGAAAGAAUUGGAAGACAUCGCCAAUCUUGCCAAUCGCGUUUUGGCCUUAGCAACUGAUCUCGUAAACAUGAAAGUUUCAGGAGAAGAGUUUAUGAAGGAAGUGACUUUCCUUUCCAAGGAAAGUAGGCGAGUUUUCACCAAGUAUGGAGUCAUGGCCAAGAAUACAAGCCUUCACUGGGAAAGUAAAUUGCGAAAUGCUUCGUACGAAAUGGCAUGCCUCUACAAAAACAUCACAAUCAACAAGACCCUCGUAGCUUACAACAUCUUGAAGAAACACGGUUUAAUCCUGUACAAUGAACACCAACAAGAAGGACUUAGGCUGUACAACCUUUACAAGAACCUCCUGAUUAGGAUAUAUGAAGACUUCAAAGCUAAUGUCAUCCAAAGUCUUGGGAUCCAACGGGAGAAGCUAUUGAGUGAAUUGAAUGUCCUGAUCACUAAGGCUAGAAAGCUCGAGAACAUGACCUACGAGGAGAUAGUUGUGAAGACCUACGAGUUCCUUGGGAAGCACGGAUUGGCCAUCUACAACAAAAUCACCGUACGCGCACUAAACCUGUACAGCAACAUUUCUACCCAUGCACGUGAAUUCUACGGGAAUGCAACUUUCCACGCAGUGAGACUAUACAAUAAUUUCACCACACAUGGACUUCAACUCUACAAAAAUGUCACCCUACGUGCAGGGCAACUCUACAACAAUGUCACGGUACGUGCGAUGCAAGUCUACAAGAAUGUUACUGCCCAUGCUCUGAAGCUUUACAAGAAUGCCACACUGAUUGCUAUAAAACUCUUCAACGAGACCAAAAAUGUGACUUUGAGAGCACUCAACCUGACCUUAGUCCUGGUCAAUCACACUAAGAUGAUGGCCUUGCAGUACUACAAUGCAACUCUAAACCUGACUAUUCACUACUACAACAUGGGCCGAAACUACUCCCUUCAGUACUACAACCUCACACGCAACUUGAGUCUUCAGCACUUGUUGAAGUACUCUAAUCUGACGCGCAAUCUCACCCUGCAUGUCUACAACGUGACACGGAAUAUCAGUUUACAAGCCUACAACAAGACCAGAGCUCUUGUGCUUCAAGGAAUCCGGUACGUAAACCUCACUUUCGUCCCCUUGGUUAAGGCCAACUUCAUCAGAGGAAAGGUUCUCGUCCUGAUGUAUGCCAAUGAGGCUGUGGUUUUUGUCCAGUCGACCGCACAAUCUAUGCAAAAGUGGUAUAGUGAGAACAAAGAGAAGACUCUCGAGGAACUCUAUUUCGAGGCUUUCGAUCUCGCAGAACGCAAAUUCUUGGAGAACAGAGUCUUCUUAGAGAACAAAUAUGAAGAGUUCAAGGAGAUGGUUGAAAAGAAAAUCAAGGAGAAGAUUAACGAUGCCAAAGUAAGAUUCACAGCAAAAUUUGAAGAGUGGAAGAAGGAGCUGCACAAGCUGAACAAGACUGUGAUUAACAUCACUGGAGAGGCGAUCGCCCUGUACAACCAAACCGCUAACAUCACCUUCAUUGCUGCGAAAGAACUUCUCGCCGUCUUCCAUCCGUAUAUGAGAGAUAUGGCUAAUAAGACCGUCUUCUACCUAGUAAAGGCCAAGAACGUCUCUCUUCCACUUCUGGAAAAGGCCGGAAAUAUCACUUGGCUAACACUCAACGAAACACUAGAACUGUUGAGCGAAUCGGGGCAGCAGCUGAGAAAGAGCUAUGCAAAAUUUAUGGCCCUUGAAGACGUCCAGAGGCUUAUCCACAAAUACCAGGUAAAACAACGUUAUGCAAUGGUUGAGAAAUUCGUCAUGGAGAGGUAUAACGAGAUCGUGGAGUACCUGAAAGUGAUGAAACCCACAGUUGCAGCCAAAGUGAAGGAGGCGAUCUUCUAUCUGAACGUAACUCUUCCAGCCGAAAUCAAGGGAAGAUAUGCUAUGAUGAAGGACAUGUAUGAUGAGAUUGAGAAAAAGAUCCAAACUCUAUUGGCUGAUCCCCAAAUGCUUUUCGAAAAGGCUCUUGCAAAGGCUCAGACUGCCAUUAAAGAUACAUCUAUUGAAAGCAUGGUGCAUCACAAACGCGUACAGGAACUAAUGGAAGACUUCCGUAACCAGCAACUGAUUGAAAGUUGUCAAGGAGUCGUCAAGAACAUUUCUGUAAACCUUGGAAAGGCCAUCGAGUUGGCAUUGGAGAAGGUCAACGAAUUAAUGGAAAAUCUUAAAACUAAGGCUGUAGUUAUGGCAGAUAAGAUUAAGACGAAGGUACAAGAAACGCGCCAAACUUUGAUCGUGAGGUUUGAAGAAUUCAAGACAAUGAAGCUUCGCGAGAUCGUUGAGCACAAUUCUGUGUUCAAGACUAUCGAGCUGGCGAGAAAUGUUUCUCUACAGAUCAGAAAUAUGACACUUGAGGCCAAGAACAUCACGAGCAAGUUUGUGGCGAUCGGAAAGGUCUAUUACACGAACUUCACUGCAAAAGUUCAGAAUUACACUAGGAUUUUGAAGGCUAAAGUUCAGAACUACACAAGGUUCUUGAGAGAAAGAGUUCAAAAUUAUACGAAGAUUGUCCAAGCGACUGUCCAGAAUUAUACAAAUGUCUUCAAUGCAACAUUCCAGAACUACACAAAGAUCCUCAACGCUACUUUACAGAAUUAUUCAAGGAUGCUGAAUGCGACAAUUCGCAAUUAUACAGCGAUCCUUACUAGUCAUCUAAGGAAUUAUACCGUAAUUCUCAAAGGCCACUACGAGCGCAUCUAUGCCAGCCACUUGGUCCCCUUGCACAGAAAUUACACCUUGUUUAUCAAGAAGUACCAAGCCUUAGCUGUGGACUGCAUCGGCCGCUGUAAGAAUUUGACUUUGAGAGGAAUUGCCAUUGCUCGCAACUGGACAACUGCUUCGGUGAAUUUCACUCGAAUGUGGAUCAACAAGACCUUGGAGGACGGUAUGAAGUAUUACAGAAAAGAACUCGAAAGAGGCAUGAGGUACUACAGAGAGGAAGUGAAGCCUUUUUACCUCAACAAAGUCCUGCCAUUCUACAAAGACACUGUUCUACCUGUGUAUCACAACUACAGCAAGCUACUGAUUAUGUUGCAAAAGAACAUCACAAAGACGGCUCUUGAACUUAAAGACAGUGCGUUGGACCUGAAAGAAAGGGUAAUAAAUGUGAGUAGACAAGCUCUCCAGAUGGCACUUGACAUCGAGUCUUCUCUCGCGCUUCGUGAAUUCGGUAAAAUGACCAUUCGUGAGUCUGUUCUUAAAGGACGUGUCCUUUGCAUCCGUGCCUAUAACUUCACCUUGAACUUGACUCGUUUGGCUGUGAACUUGACAAGGGAGACGUAUAAUAUCAGUAGGGUACGCCUUGCCUGUGCCUUGAACACAACAAUGGCUGCCAUUGAUUCAACUCUACUGAACUCCAAACCUCUCUUAAUGCUCUUCAAUGAUACACGAGCAGAGUUGAUCGAAACCGCUGUUUUCGUCACCAAGUACUAUGGAAUCGACGAUGCCGUCAAAGGGCGAAUGCGUAGAAGUUUUGACUUCACAAGGAACGUCACCAUGGACCUUGUCAACAGGCAUGGGCAUUAUCUUAGAGGGAAAGCGCAGAUGACUAUAGAAUUUGUAAAUGCCUCUAUCCAAACUGUUAAUGCUCCACGAUUCAUUAAGGCAUCAACGCUCACAGCUCUAAAAUUUGUCAACACCACUAUGAGAUAUGUUAAUCGCACUAUUGGAUAUCUGAACGCCACCUUCGUAGACGUAACGCAAAGACUCAACAAGACCGUCCAUUUUGCCCGUUCUGUCAUCACAAAGAAAAUCCUGGAUGCCCGUGUUGCCUUGAACAAAACCGUCCAAGAUUUCCAUGUGGCUGUCAAUAAGACAAUCGUCAAAGCUCUGGUGUCCAUCCGCAAUGCUCGUAUUGCCAUCAACAAGACCAUCACAAAUGCUCGUAUGGCCAUCCGCAACGCUGGUGGAACAAUCAACAAGACCAUCACUGACUUCCGCUUGGCUCUUCCCCAGUAUAUCCAGGUUACUGAACACGGUGUCACUGUUGUUAUCCCGAGAUUUGACGGAAAGAUCAAAGCCUUAGCCUUAGCCUUAGCCUCAGUAGAAAAAAUGAAGACCUUAAAACGGGACUUCCUGGAAAAGAUGCAAUCCCUUAAGGAGACAACCUUAGUCGAGGUUCAGGCGCUGAAACAGCAGGCUGCAAGGAAGAUUGAGUCACUGAGGCAAAACGCAGUGAUAAAGAUACAGUCUUUAAGACGGGAAGUCUUGGAAAAAAUGGAGAAACUGAAACAGGAAGUACCGGAGAAGAUAAGGCUUUUCAAACAACAUGCUGCUGCGGAAAUCGCAAUGUUGAAACAAAGGGCAGUUGAGAAGUACAAUGAAGUGAAACAGAACGUUAUUGUCAAGUAUGGAGAGCUGAGACAAAAGUCAGUUCAGAAGUUUAUUGAGCUUGAGGAUAGGGCAAGAAUUAUGUCGGGCCGUGUCAAGACCAUCAGUAAAGCAUGGGUAGCAGUAGCUAUGAAUAAGACGGUGCUCUACCAGCAAAAGGCAUAUGGUUAUGUCAUGAAGGUUUACAACUUAACCAAGAAUCACCAUCUCACAAGAAAAUACAUCAACAUCACCCUUCACUACUUCAAUGUUACCAGGGAUCUUGCUGUGUUCUACCGCCAGCAGACUUACAGAUUUGUGAUAAGCGCUUACAACCUGACUAAGAACCAUCCUCUUACCCAGAAGUAUGCAAAUAUCACUGUCCAUUAUUUCAACAUCUCUAGGAAACUUGCAACGGUCUAUCGUCACAAGAUGGUGAGGCUCCUACGAAACAUUUACAGGAGGACCAGGUAUCACCCCAUGACUGUGAGAUACCUUCACAAGUCUGCGUAUUUCUUCACCGUCACAAAGAACUUCUUUAGGGGUUUGAACAUGACCUUGAUAAAGAACGUCACCAUCCAAUACACAUCCCGUGCUUUGAAUUUGUCCCGCCAGUGCUACAAUGUCACCAACAGAUACCUUUCACGUGCCUUGAACUUGUCGCGGCAUUGUUACAAUGUUACCCUUUCUCGUGCGCUGAAUCUGUCACGUUAUUAUUACAAUGCUACCAACAAAUAUCUAUCGCGUACCUUGAACCUUUCUCGCAACUUGUAUAACACCUGCAUGAUCCGCACUCUGGAUAUCUCCGUGCAAGUGUACAACGUCGCUCAGAACGUCACACUGGAUAUCUUAAAUUCAACCUGCCCAUCAGAGGCCCUGGUGAAAGCCAUGAACUACUCCAAGGUCGCCAUCAAUGCGACCGUGAAGCUUUACAAGAAAGCUCUACGUCAAGCCAGUAAUUGCUCGGCUACAGCUUAUAACCGAACAAUCGAGCUUUUCCGCGAUGCCAAGAACUUAUCGACGAUAGCAGUAAACAAGACGGUCAAACUCUACCGACGAGGAUUGCUGAAAGCUAAGAAUCUCUCGACGAUAGCUUUGAACAAGACAGUCAAGAUCUAUCAACAAGCUUUGCUAAUGGCUAGGAAUUACUCCGCAGUGGCUGUGAACAGGACUCUGAGACUUUGCCAUCGUCUAUUCAAUAAAACCGUGUUGGUCGUUUACAAUACAACCUUCAUGAAGACGUACAUUCCUAUGGCCUUGAACCUUUCACGUCAAUGUUACGGUAUCACCAAGAAUUUCACAGUCGAGGUCUACGAAGUAGCUGUAAAUGUAACCCUCGAUAUCUACAAUUCCACCUGUUUGUUAGAGGCCUUCGGCAAGACGAAGAAUUAUUCGAGAGUAGCUUUCAACGAGACGUUCAAACUUUGCACCAAGGCACUGGGUCACGCCGUGAAAUAUUCAACCAUAGCACUGAACAAGACCGCCAAGCUCUACCGAGAGGCAGUGGCUCAGACUAGGAACUACUCUGUUGUUGCUUUGAAGAAAACCAUAAGGAUCUACCAACGUGUGUACAAUAGAACUGUUCAAGCCGCUUACAACACUACUGUGAUGAAGAAGUACCUUCCAAUAGCUCUGAAUUUCUCACGUCAUUGGUGUAGUGUAGGAUUUAGCAUAACUCGAAACUUCACCGCUGGUGUUUACGAAGUUGUCCAAAAUGUCACCUUAGAUAUGUGCAAUUCAAGUAGCUUGCCAGAACUAUUCGGAAAAGUCAGGAACUACUCACGUAUUGCCUUCAACCAGACCGUGAGGAUGUGCCUUGAACUAUAUGGCGAAGCUUACAACUUAACCUCUCAAAGAUAUGCCGAGCUGAAAAACUACACCUUGACGUUGUACAAGGCCAUUAUCCAGCACGAAACCACUGUCUUGUAUUUGAACCACGCCCAUAAGUACCUGUACUACACCAGGAAAAUGAUUACAACACAGGUCCGUAACCUGCACGGAGCUAAACGCUACUGGCAGAAAAGGAUGAGUCACCAAGUGUCGCAGAUGUCCUAUUCUCUGAACCCAAUUAAUUGGAUUCCGCCGUUUAACAGUAAGUUCACUGAGUGAACCUUGUUCUAAUAUUUUCAUUUGGAUCCUCAGGCACCACGCUAUCUAAUUAGCGAUCUUUCCUUUUCACUUCUACCCUUAAGCUUCUUCUUCCUCCUGCUUUUUAGUUAUGAGUAAUACAAUAUUUUUACGUUUCGAUAAGAUUCACGAAAUUAUCAUAAUUAUCAUCUACUCUUAUAUGCAGUUAAUUUGAUGAUAAAUUGGAAUUUGUUAGAGGCUGCGUCUUAUACUGAUGGCUAUUUUGUAUCCGGUUCAUUUAAUUUUUCUACUCUUACCAAUGAUGUGUACACUAUUUGUUAAAAGGUACGGCGAUGAUCUUUGGUGGACCCCACGUGUACACGUUCGAUGGUACCUACUACAAAUUCCCAGGUUACAUGAAGGCUGGCUGCAUGUACGUCUUAGCAAGAGAUGUCCGCGACAACAAGUUUACAAUCCUGAGUCAAGAAACAGCCAUCAUCGUGAUCACGGAGGACUCGAGCGUGAAGAUACAUCAAGACGGUAGAGUUGAGACAGUUGUCAAGGUAACUUCAUCUGGAAAGAAAGUCUCCGACGGUUAUAACAGCGAGCUUCCAGUGGAGAGCUUCAGCACCACAGUUCAACGACAAGGAUCUUUCAUCAUUUUCCGUCAUGACAUGGGCCUGGAGAUCGUCUGCGAUGUCGAGCACUAUUUGUGUACUUUCAACAUUGCUAGGUGGUUCCAUGGACGUAUGGCAGGUACGAAAUAGAUCGAUUUCCAAUUUUCUGGCCCUGGCAAUUUUUUUUUCUAUUACAUUCGUUUUUCUAGUAAAUUCACUGCAAAUGAAAUUUUUAAUACUUUUUUUCCAGAAAACUCAACUACCCUUCGCCAUUUUCUUGUUAAGUCAGUUCUGUCCCCUUUAAAUAUGUAACUCGUUUGUUUAGGUCUCCUCGGAACAAACAACAAUGAAUUCCAUGAUGAGAUGAUGACAAGCUCCAACGCCCAAACCAAAACGUUGACCGAAUUUUUGGACUCUUGGGAGGUCACUAAAGAUCCAGAAUGCCAAGUAUCAAAGGAGAAACCGGAAAAGCCCAAGUGCAAACAAACAAGCUACAGCCGACGCUGCCGAGCUCUUUUCAAGGACAAGAACUCUCCACUAAGUCGCUUCUUCUCAGUUGUCAACCCAGAACCUUUCAUAAAGGCCUGCGAACAAGAUUACAGGGAAUGCGACUCGAGCACUCCUAAAGACAUGAAGCACUGCAAUUCAACUGCUGCUUAUGUUGAGCUCGUUAGAAUGAAGGGACUGUGGGCCGAGUACCUGCCAGAGUGCGGUAAGUGAAGUUAUUGUGUAGCCAUUGGCGUUUCAUCAAGAUAUUUCUGGUCGUUUGGUGCGACGACCUUUCAUGGUUAGGUAACCCAAAAAUUACUGUCUUGCAAACAAACAGAAGGAAAGAAGAAAGAAAGAAAGAACAGUAUUAGAGUUGACUAACACGAAUUACAAACUAGACACUUGAGGAAACUUCAAUUUUAGGAGAAUUUUCUUAGCACGCAUAAUCAAUAACGCAUGUCCUUCAUGGAAAGCCCGCGAGAUCUCCUAACUGACCAAUUUAUGUAAUCUUUUUCUUCUUAGGUCGCUGCGGCGAUAAUAAGAUCGGAAAGACAUGGUUCCAGAAAGCAGACAAAGCUGUAGAUGUUGUUGUUUUUGUACACGAGACUUCCAUCCUGAAGAGCUAUGCUGAGAAGCUCCCGACAUUCCUCUCCAGUUUGACUGAGUCCUUGGGUGAAUCCAAAUUUUCCUUCCGCUUUGGAGUGGUUGGAUUCGGUGGUCGCUUGAUACACAAAGGUCCGCACACAAUCACCCUUGACGGUCAGCUGAUGAAUGAUAUUGAUAGCGUUGACGAGGCUUUUGAGCAUCUGAAGUUCUCCGACGCAGAUUCAGACAACGACAGUAGUAAUGCUUUGGAGGCUAUGGCUUACGCAGCCUAUAAGUAUCCGUUCAGGCCAGGUGAGUAGUAAUGAAGAAAUAACAAUGGUAACUGUGAAAAUAUAGGAAGAUGAAAAUGUUUACAUUAAGACUUGCAUUGGUAAAAAUUUAUUUUUUUUCCUUCAGCUGCUACGAAGAUCUUCCUGCUAUUAACAAGCACUGAUCGUCAUUCAAUGGCUGACUUCGCUUCUCUCGAAAGUAUCAGUAGCAUGUUGGAAUCAAAAGACAUCAUCUUGAACGUUAUCGGAAAAUACCGAAAGUUCCGCGGCGAAGUUAUCGGUCAAAACUUCAGAGGAAAUGUGUAUUAUAGAAAGCGACCCGAGGCUGGUUCAGGUGUAGCUCCCCUUCCUGAAGGCGAGUACGUGUCGUUAAUGAAGUCCACCGAAGGAUCUGUGUUUGGCCUCCCGUUCCUAGGAUCAGAUAACAAAGCUAAAUUUGGAGCAUUACAACAAGCCAGUGUCAGUGCGUGGCGAGAGCAAAUCAAAAGAGAUCAGUUUACAUGCAAAGAGUGCUUCUGCGCACGCGGAGAUGCUGGUCAAGGCAAAACCAUCUGCAAGAAGAACUCAUUCCACACCAAAUGCUGAGGAGAACAGGAAUGGUGAGUAAAAAUAGGACUUAGCUUUGGUAGGAAUUUUUUUAAGCAAACAUAGUGAAACGGAGAGCAGAACCGAGACGUUCUAGUGGAGGAAGACUGGCAUCUUAACCACUGGGGAGUAGUAAUACCCCUAAUUGUUUAUGCCAAGGAAACGGUAAUAAGCUCCGACUGAAUUGGGGCACUUGGCUUGAGUACAGACUGAGCCUUACCCAUUGUUUCUGGUCAUUCCUGGUUACGAAAGGGUUUACACACUUUCAGUUUAAAUAAUUAGCUAUCAGAUCGUGGCAGUGCGAGGUUUAGGUCGUAAGUUCCCAGAAGGUUUAAGGUGGGCUAUUUAUUUAAAGUGGCUCUUUCUUUGUUAGUGGUUCAUUGUGAAUCUCACUUACAGUUUUCUCAUGUUUCCUUUCGUUCCAGACGAUUCCUGAAAAGGCCAGUACAGUAGAAAGCUUAGCUUCGCCCACGGAACU